GUAAAACACACACACACACACACACACACUCACACUCACACACACACACACACAUGCUGUAGGGAAUCUAGCAAACGGUGGGCAGAAUACAGACACACAGGAGGCUGUUUAGGUGUCACACGUGGAGAAUUUAUUUAAAAUCCGUGAGGGUGUAUGUGAGUGCUCAGGCGUCGGGGUUGUCCGCGGGGCAGCCAGGGCUGUGCUGGGGGAUUCCCAAGUGGCGGGGAACCCGUUCUACAGUCAUGUGCAGCCGGAGGGUGGAGUCUAAGGUCACGUCGGAGUCCGGAAAAAACACACAACAGAUUAGAAUGCAUACCUUGGGAGCCCUCUCUCCCUUUGCAAGUGGAGUAUCGCCCUUUUAUACUCUCCCGUCGGCUGCUGGAUGGUGGAGAAUGGCCGUGCUGAUCAUCAUCCACCAGCCGUGUGUGUGUCGGCAGCACCGCCUGGCAACCACUCGCUCUCCGGCUGUCCAAAACAUUGGUGGUGCUGAAGCGGAGCUGUCUCUUCUGCACCACAGCGGCAGUCGUGGGAGGAGCACUCUUUACUUUUUGUGUGCCAGCCGGCGACCUUUUGCCACAGUACCCCCCCUCAGCUUUGAGCCUACUGCCGCUGUGUGUCGGGCUCACAGUGCAUCACGCCGUGAGAGGUUAUCUGCAUUCCCGUGUUGGGUUUCCGCCCAGUGCUGGACCUGGAAAGAGAAAUCCUGCAACCAAAGGAACCAUCGAGUUAUACUGGCAUUAGUGUUUUUGGGCUUGGCCAUCCACUGCAGUGGAGCGUAGUCCAUCACCAGAAUAAAGUGCCGACUGGCCAUGUAGUAGUGCAGCUCUUCGAUGGCCCACUUUAUUGCCAGGGCCUCUCUUUUCAUGGCAGCAUAUCUCCUCUCAGCUGGGGACAGCUUCCUGCUGAUAUAGAUGACCGGGUUCUCUUCUCCAUCGAAGGUCUGCGAGAAGACGGUGCCCAGCCCGGUCUUGGAUGAAUCGGUGUGUGUGGUAAAUGGAAGGGCGAAGUCUAGGUUAUGCAGCACUGGGGCGCUGGUGAGAGCCUCUUUCAGGGCUCGGUGUGCCCGCUCCUCCUCUGCAGACCAUUUCACCUGGUCCGGCUGGCCCAUCUUCAUGAGAUCUGUGAUGGGGGAGGCUACACUGGAGAAGUUAGGCAUGAACCUGCGGUAAUACCCCACCAACUCCAAGUUCAGUACCUGUUUCUUUGACGUAGGCCAGGGAUAGUCUUUCACUGCCUUAAUUUUGUUCGUCUGUGGCUUCAGUAAGCCCCGGCCAAUACGGUAACCUAGGUACUGUGCCUCGGUCAGCCCCAGGUGGCACUUUUUGGAGUUGGCUGUCAGCCUGCCUUUCGGAGCUGAUUCAGGACCUCCCCCAGGUGGAAUAGGUGAUCCGACCAAGUGGAGGAGUGGAUGACCACAUCAUCCAGAUAGGCGGCUGCAAAUGUAAGAUGGGGUCACAGGACAGUGUCCAUCAGCCGCUGAAAUGUUGCGGGCGCUCCAUGUAGCCCAAAGGGGAGAACCCGGUACUGCCAGUGGCCAUUUGCCGUGCUGAAGGCCGUCUACGGUCUCGCCUCUGGGGCCAGCGCCACUUGCCAGUAGCCUUUCGUCAGGUCCAGUGUGGAUAUGAAUCGGACCCGCCCAAUCUCUCCACUAGGUCAUCCACUUGGGGGAGGGGAUAGCUGUCAAACUUGGAGACCUGUUUAAGUUUCCUGAAGUCAUUGCAGAGGCACAUACUUCCGUCGGGCUUCGGCAUGACUACGAUGGGGUUGGACCAGGGGCUGUUGGACUCCUCUAUGAUCUUGUCCCACAUCAUCCGGCAAACCUCCUCCACGAUAGCCUUACGGCGGGCCACUGGGACACGAUUGGGCCACUGUCGCACCACCACUCCCAGGCUGGUCUUGAUCUUGUGGUGGACCAGCUGCGUCAUCCCUGGGGAGGUAGAAAAAACAUCAGUGAAUUGACCCACCAACUCUGUUAGCUCCUGUCUUUGUGUGGGGGUGAGAUCUUCACCCAGCUGGACCAAGGUGCCCUUGUUGUGAUCUGUGUCCAGGACCAUGAAUGCAGACAAUACUGGUGCCAGCUCUAUCCAAUUCUUCAGCAGGUUCAUGUGGUUUGUUUUUUUCUCUGCUUGUUUACCGAGCUGCAGCAGGUGAUAGUUUAUGGUGCCCUUCCUCUGGGAGGACUGUAUAUGGGCCCUGCCACCGGGCUAGAUACUUACAGGAGCUAUUCGGCACUAGCCGGAGUACCUGAUCGCCAGGCUGGGACUCCCGGGGUUGUGCUGGGCAGUUGUAGACUUUUUUCUGUUCCACCUGGGCGGCUCUCACAUGUUCCUGGAUGAUUGGGGCCACUUGGUUGAUCCUCCCCUGUAUCUCCUGCACAUAGUCGAUGACCAAGCAGAAUGGGGAGGGCUGUUCUUCCCAACCUUCCCGUGCCACGUCCAGCAGUCCUCGAGGUCGCCGUCCGAAGAGGAGCUCAAAGGGAGUGAAGCCCGUGAAUGCUUCUCCUGGACAGCAAAGAAGACGUAAGGCAGGAGGAGGUCCCAGCUCCUCCCUUCUUCGUCUACCACCCUGUGCAGCAUCCGCUUCAUGGUUUGGUUGAACCUUUCGACAAGCCUAUCGGUUUGCGGGUGGUAGACGGAAGUCUUCAGGUGUUUUACCUGCAACAGCUGACACAGAUCAAACAAUCGUUUGUACACAAAAGGUGUACCUUGGCCUGUCAGAAUAUCCUUCGGGAUCCCCACACGGCUGAACAGGAGCACCAGUUCUCUAGUGAGGUUGCGGGAGGUGGCUUUGCAUAGUGGCACUGACUCGGGGUACCGGGUGGCGUAGUCAUCGAUGACCAGUAUCUACUCAUGCCCCCGGGUGGAUUUGGGGAGCUGCCCCACGAGGUCCAUGCCAAUCCUCUCGAAGGGGAUGCCUAUGAUGGGAAGAGGGAUAAGGGGCGCUUGAGGGGGCUUGCUUGGGGCGGUGCGUUGGUACUGGGGCACUGUUGGCAGAAGCCCCGGACCUCUAUGUCCCCGGCCAGAAAAAGUGGUGCUUCAGUUUCUCCAGGGUGUUUCAUGCUCCCAGGUGGCCCCCGAGUGGAUGGGCAUGGGCCAGGUGUGUCAGUGUUUGCGUUCUUGUCUUGGGGACUACCAAGAGGUCCAUGAUUCCCCUCUGCGGCUGGUCUGCUGGUACAACAGGCUUCCCUGACUAUAAAGUAGGAGGAAGGGAGUCUCUGGUGCGGACUCUGGUCGACCCCCUCGAAUUGACACACCUGGGCCCAGCAAUGCUUCAGGUGGUCAUCCUCUUUCUGCACCCGGCCAAAGUUCCCCUGCCGGUUCACCUGUUGAAACACAGACGAGACUGGGUUAGAGUGUGUGCGGCUCACCUUCUGCCAUGGCGUCCUCCUCAUCUCAGGCCAUGUAAGCCUCCCGCACUCGUGCUUUCUUAACUUGCUGGGGUGCUUUUGGCAGGUCCAGCGUGUGGAGGGCACACCCUGCCAGCCAGGGAUUCGGAGCCUUCUUCUUCAGCUCCACAGAUGCAGCAGCUCAGAUGAUUUUACCCUCAGAACCAAAGGGCAGAGAAGAUUUUCUGUACUACUUCUGUUGCCUGACUUUGGAUCCAAACACAGCACAUCCUUACCUCAUUCUGUCUGAGAAGAACAGAGUGGUGACAGACAGUAGGACACACCAGCUGUACGCUAACCAUCCUGAGAGAUUUGACUCCUACUGUCAGGUCUUGAGUAAGGAGAGCAUGUCUGGACGCUGUUACUGGGAGGUGGAGUGGAGCAGUGAUGUGUGUGUGUACAUAUCAGUCUCAUAUAAAAGCAUCAGCAGGAAAGGACUGGGUAAUGAGCGUUGGUUUGGAGGCAACAAUCAGUCAUGGGGUCUAAGGUGUUCUUCUUCUCGUCUGUCUUUCCGGCACAACAACAUUGAGACUGAGCUUGGAGUUCCAUCAUCCUCCAGAAUAGGAGUGUAUGUGGAUCACAGUGCAGGAACUCUGUCCUUCUACAGCGUCUCUGACACGAUGAAGCUCCUCCACAGAGUCCUCACCACGUUCACUCAGCCUCUAUACGCCGGAUUCUGGCUGCGCUCUUAUGGAUCAACUGUAAGGUUAUGUGAUCCAAAAAAAAUCUGAAAACUAAAUUACUCCAUAAUCGCUAACGAUUAACUGUCCAAAAUUCGAAAGAUUUUUAAACUGUAUGAAUUUUUAAAGACAUCAAAUUCUAAUAAACAUUUACAUUUUCUUUGA